UAUAUAAUACUACUGGCCGGUUUCUUCAGACUCGGUUUAGUACCAGACAACUUUAUCCGGCGGUUAUCAUGAAGGUAGACCUAUUUUUCGUUUUCUUCACUUCUGAAUAUCCUUCAUCCUUCAGUUUUCUUAAAGAUAACUUUAUCUGGUAGUUCAAGCAGCAUAUAAGCUAUUAUCUGAAAGACAAUUCUAACCUCUUUAUAAUUUUGGCACCUAUAUUCAUCAAACAAUAAAAAAAAUGGAUUACAAUAAUUUAUUAUUUAUGGAUGUAGAAGUCUUUUCUGAUGAUGAUGACGACUUUUAUGAUGGAAAUUAUAUAGAAAUUCGUCGGCCAUACACAUUAAGAAAUAAACCAAAUAACCUGGAUGUUUGGGACGAUGAUGAUUUUUUUAGACGGUUCAGAUUAACAAAACCUACCGUAAAUCUAUUAAUCAUCAGAGUUCAAAAUCAGUUGGAAGUGAUCUGGAAUAGGUCUCGGAGUCUCACACCAAUGAAUCAACUUUUAUUAGCAUUAAGAUUUUAUGCUACUGGUAAUUUUUUACGUGCUGUAGGAGAUUUUUCUGGUGUCAGUAUAGUUACUGCAAGUAGAAUCGUGAGGAAGGUGUCAAUUGUAAUAGCCUCUUUGAGGCCUGAUAAUAUAAAAAUGCCUAGAACCCAGCAGGAAAUUGAAUCCACAAAAAGAGGGUUUUUUGCUAUGCAUGGAUUUCCCCGGGUGGUAGGAAUUGUCGAUGGAACCCAUAUCAGAAUACAGUCGCCAGGUGGCGAUAACGCGGAAUUAUUUAGAAACAGGAAGGGUUAUUUCUCCAUUAAUACGCAAGUUACUUGUGAUUUCAACUUAAAAAUCAUUGAUAUCGUGGCAAGGUGGCCCGGAUCAGCACACGAUGCAACAAUUUUUCAACAUAGCAGUUUGAAAAUUCACAUGGAACAAAAUCGUUUUAAUAAUGGUAUAUUAUUAGGUGACAGUGGGUACGGAUUAAAAAAUUAUCUCCUCACUCCUUUAUUGCAUCCAAAUAUUCCUGCAGAACAGUGCUACAAUGAAGUUCAUAUUCGAACCCGAAAUACCAUUGAGCGUGUAAUUGGAAUAUGGAAACGACGAUUCCCGGUUCUAAGCAUAGGCUUAAGAUUGAAGAUUGAAACCAUACAAGACAUUAUAGUAGCUACUGCUGUGCUUCAUAAUAUAGCAAGGGAUGAGAGAGAAGAAGAUCCUCCAGGAGAAAUAGAGCUUGAUGGUGUUUUGGGAGAAGUACCACAACCAAUACCUAAUUACAAUCGCAAUAGAAUGGACAAUGCAGUUAGACAGGCUCUCAUUGCUGAUUAUUUUUCAAGGUACAGAAGGAACUAACUUUUGCAGCAUAAUUGAAGGUUUACCUUUGUGGAUUCCAUUUGAAGUACAUAUAUAGAGUUUUCGAGAAAAUGAAUGUUGUUCUGUGAUGAUUUUAUAUAUUCACAUUUUAUAGAACUUAAGAACUAUAGAACUUGUCAUUUAUGUAAAUAAAAGUUAAAAGUAAUAAAAUGUACAAAAUUAAUAUCCAUUAAUUAAACAUUAUCAAAUUAGUCAGUAUUACUUUUUCUGUGUAUCUUUAGGGAGAUUG